AUGGGGAAUACACAGAGUUACAUAGUCGCGUCGCUCUCUGUCAGUUCUGUGUGUUUAGUUUAUGUUUAUUUUUACUCUUCUCAUCGGUUGUUAAAAACUAAUGUCCUCACCAGCGACACACUUCCAAGUUCCGGUUAUCUUUUUAUUAAACAUGUGACCAAGGCUCUGAGUCGCAGAACAGGCUGUUUGUACUCAACUAACAAACAGAGUGAAGUUAUUUACACGGUCCUCAACUGCAGGCUGGAGACUCCCUUGUUGAGGAGGUUCUGCAGUGCUGGAGGGUAUGGUUGGGAUUAUCCAGACAGUGAAUACAGAGACAUCCCGCUGUGUUUCCCAGAGUUCCUCUGCCACAGACUGCUGCGUAUUCUCCUGACAGAUCAUAACUUCAGGCUGAGCCCAGCAGGUCUGAUUCGUGUGCGCCAGAGUUUGAAAACCCAUCAGCCAGUGGAUGAGCUGAAGAAGGGUGCAUUCACUCUGCAGGCUCGAGUCCUGGUGUACAGGAAGGUUGCAGCUGGGGUAGAGGUGGACAUCUGUCUGUCUGCCAUAUCACGUUCUGGAAAUCCAGUGUGGGAAAGCGUCUUGACGUUCCUCUCUCAAAACAAACUUCACAAAGCCAGCAGAUGUUCACAGCCGGUGACAGAGAAUGAGAGUCAAAUAGAUGAGCCUGUGCCAGAAAAUAUGAAGCAGGUAGAGCUGAGAGUUCCCUGGAGAACCAGCCUGCAGUGUGUUUGGUCCUUCUCAGACUAUCCGCUCCUCUUCCUACCAGCCAGGCUGUUUGGCUGCAGAUUACAGACAGCACCAAGUAUCUGGAUGCUGUCUGUGUGUUUGGCUGAAAUUGAAAAGCACAAAGGGGUUGGAGUCAUCACAGCACCAGUCAACAUCACCGUCCAGUUUAAGGAGCCUCUGUUGAUACCAGGCAAAGUAACAAUCAAGUUUUGGGAGAUGAUCACAAACGAGGGACAUCCACCUUCCCGAGCCCUCAACUUCCACAUGCAGCAGCACAGAAGCAGCACAUCUUACAUAGCGGGAGUUAUUUCUAGAUCCUGAUUAACACUGAAGGACACAUUAAAAUCCUGAUAUUGUACAUUUUCAGUUUAGUUUAGUUUCUAUGUUGGCAGCACAUUUUAUGAUCAUAAAAUAUUGUUCUGUUAAUGUCAUGUAUGUUUAUUUCACAUUUGACAAACUGAAGUCAUAUGAAUGCUUGAAGAUGAAGAUGUUUUCUUUAUUGAGUGCAACUAAUUCAGUACCUAUAAUAAUGGUAGAAUAUUCUUCUAUCAUAAGUAUUAGCAUUUUUGUACCCGCAGCUAACCACCAAAACACACUUUUUUAAUUCCAAUGUUUACUAGCUAUUCCUCUACUUUGUCUGUUAGUUGUUUGAUGCUGCCCAGGUAGUGUACACUGACUUUUUUAGGUUGUUUUUUUUUUUUUUUAGCUCAGAAUGGUGCUGAUGAGAGCAAUGAGACUGAA